AUAAAUAUCCAAAAGCAAAUUCUUCGAGACGUUUUUUACAUUCAGUGUACUUUUGAACUUUGGUCGAGUAAGAACAACAUCAUGAUUCGAAUACAAUUCAAUACGAUAUUUUUGGUUUGUACUUUUGUACUUUUAUCCCAAACCAGCGCACGUGUUUUGUUUUCCUUCGAUACAUCUGAAGAAACUAGCAGCAGUAGCAGCAGCAGUAGUAGUAGCAGUAGCAGCGAAGAAGAAGAACAAUCGAAUUCGAAGUUAUUAAAGGAUAUUCAGCAGUUGAAACCAGAUGAACAACGUGCACUGAUGAAAAAUUUCCUCAACCAUCUCUUGACUGUAUCAGAACUGCAAACUGACGAACGCAAAAUUGAACAUGACAUGCUCCAAGACUUGACGAAAAUACCGAAUUUCGAAAACGACGCCUUGACGGCUAUCAAUAAAUUCCGCAAAGUUAUCGAAGAAGGACGGAAGGCAUUAGAUCAGCUCAUAGAAAAAAGGAAAAAAACAAUAAAUACCCAAGAUCCCGACAUCAUCCGACACUACGAAAGCAUGUGGCUUCAAGUCGAGUCAAAAAAACGCGACGAAGCGAAAGCUGCGUUGGAAAACAUCGACACGAUUUUGUCUCACUUUGCAAAGAGCUUAAAAAGCACGAUAGGCGAUCAGUUGAAAACACUCCAGACAAUGCAGAAUGUGAUAAACGAACGCAAGAAAACGGUAGAUCGAGAUAGCGUCGAAGUCCGCAAGAGAAUCAAUUUUAUUCAAGCAGCUGAAAAAGAACGCAGUAGCACGACAUCGGCCCCAGAAUCGAAUUCCCAAAUGUUUUUAUUCGACGAAAAAGACGUUAAAGAAAUACGCGAAAUAUACAACUUCUGGAUGGAUAGAUUACCCAAAAUGAAUCUGCCUGAAAGUAGGAAACUGAUCGAGAAUAUUGGAAAAAAGGGUAUGUCGUUGCCCCUGUUUUGUAAAUCUAUCGCCGAAAUUAACGUUAUUGGAAAUAAAGCCCGAGAAUGCGACAAGAAAGGCGAUAAAAUUGGCAGAGAAGUCUUGAUGAAAACGUUAGAUCAACCAAAUUAUAAAAAAGUUGACGAAAUUAUGGAAGACACGCCCCCACCUCCGCUUGAGAGCAUCGCUCACGUAGUGAGAGGGAGGUUUAUAAUUAAAAAUUAAUUAAACUGCAAUAAAAAUAUUCGUAGCCUACUCGUUAGUUUCAAAUUCCUUUUCUUUUUCGAUCAUGUUAAAUUUUAAGUUAUUAAAUAUUAAAUUAAGGAUUUUAGAUUAGGUACUUAAGUAAGUUUAUAUGUAUUUAAGAAUUAGUUUGUUGUGCAUAUUAUUUAGAGAUGACCUGAUCAUCAAAAUUAAAAAAUAAAUAAAAUACGAGAUCUUA